GACGUCAGAAAGGACAUAGAAAAUCUGAGGAGCAGUUUGACAAACAUUCAACUUCUGCUUAACCGUUUGGAAAACAAUCGGAUGAAUUCUUCUGGUCCUACUCUCCUGAACAACUGGUUGGAAGAUCUUGACGCAGCAGCCUAUGAUGCGGAGGAUCUGAUCGAAUCUUGGGCAACUGAAUAUCAUCAGUGGGAGAUGAAGAAGCAGGUACAGAAACUCCAUCUUCCAUUUUCUCCUUUUAACUUACUCUUUGUGCUUCGUGAAUCGAGUAAGUUAAGAGAAGUUACAGAGAGAAUAGAUCAGCAUAUACGAAAUGGAGAAAGCUAUAGCACUAUCGUGGGAAAUACGAUUAAUAGAAUCGAAGACCAACCACAAACUGGUCCUCUUGAAAACAGUUUCAUUGUUAGUAGGGAAGAGGAUAAAAAGAACAUAAUAAAACUGCUGAUAACAGAUGAAGAGGACGACAACUUUUCUCUUGUUUCCAUUUUAGGGAUGGGAGGACUGGGGAAAACAACUCUUGCUCGAAAUGUCAUUGGGGAUAAGGAGGUGGGAGACCGUUUCGAAAUUAUUGUAUGGGCUUGUGUUACAAAACCUUUUAAGAUAGAGAGUAUUUUAAGCGAAAUAGUGGUGUCCCCAAAAACAACUGAUACUAAUGUCAGCCAUUUUACCUUAGCCAAACUACAAGAGCGUAGUCGAGGGAUCCUGGCUGGAAAACGAUUUUUACUUGUUCUAGACAAUUUGUGGAAUCAUGAAACUAACUAUUUGGACCCACUACUAAGCGUCUUAGUUUUAGGGAGCAAGGGAAGUAGGGUUCUGGUCACUAGUCGGUUCAAAGAAGUUUCAGGUAUUGAUUUUAAGGGUCUUAAAAUUAAACCCCCCUAUAAUUUGGCCUGUUUAGGUGAAAAUGAAUCAUGGUCAUUGUUUGCAAAUUUUGCAUUCAAAGAAGAUAGUGAUAGUGAUCGUGAGGAGUUUGUAAAAUAUGGAAGGGAAAUUGUAAGAAAGUGUCAAGGUUUACCUUUGGCGUUAAAACAAAUGGGAGCUCUGUUAAAAAGCAAAGACUUGGGUGUAUGGAAAAGUAUCGCCAACAGUCAAACAUGGCGGGAAAAAGAAAAAGUACUGCCAGCUCUUAGAUUGAGCUAUAACCAUCUGCAUUCAUCAUAUCACAAGCAGUGCUUUGCGUACUGUUCCUUGUUUCCAAAAGCUCAUGUUUAUGAAAAGGAUGAGUUGGUCAAAAUGUGGAUGGCGGAAGCAAUUAUUGAACCUGGUGAUGAAGAGAGGACAGAAGACAUAGGAGGGAGAUACUUCAAGGACCUGUCGGACAGGUUCUUCUUCGAAUGCACAAGCGACGCAAAGUACAAGAUGCAUGAUCUCAUCCAUGACUUGGCACAACUAAUUUCCAGUCCCUUCUGUUGCCAAUUAGUGAAGGGUGUGGGAGAUUUCAAGGAAAAGGCUCGGCGUGUAUCAAUACUUUGCAACGACGUUGAUCAGCCUGCCUUGGAGAUAAUCAGAAAAUCGAAGAAGCUGCGUACAGUUCUAUUGCAAGGUCAAAACUUUAAGGCCUUCGAUAAAGUGCAACGUGAAAUAUUCCACUCACUUAGAUAUGUGCGCCUGCUAGACCUGAGUUCAAGCACACCUCUGACACAGCUGCCAGACUCAAUUGGAGAGUUGAAGCUUUUGCGCUACCUUGAUUUAUCAGCAACGGAAAUUGAAAAGCUUCCUGACUCGAUAUGCAAGCUCUACAAUUUGGAGACCUUGAAACUUUUGGGUUGCCAUUAUUGGAAUUUCAUUUUGCCCAGAAAUUUCGCAUCUCUCGUCAAGUUGAGACAUCUGGAACUAGACGAUAUGUUCUGGUUCAAGGCGACGUUCCCACCAAGCAUGGGGUGUCUAACCAGUCUGCACAACUUACACAAAUUUCAGGUUGGCUGCAAGACGGGAUACAAACUUGAAGAAUUGAAGAAUAUGGCAUACCUUACAGGAAAACUACACAUCUCAAAGCUGGAAAAUGCAGUAGAUGCAGGGGAGGCCAACUUGAAAGGAAAAGAAAUGCUUCAGAAAGUGGUAUAUGAAUGGAGCAACAGCGAUCUUAAUUUGCAAGAUGACGACAUUGAAAAUCAGGUACUUGAAGAUCUGGAACCUCACCCAAUGGUGCUCAAAGAGCUCGAAAUCUGUCACUACAGGGGCACUGCAGUUCCUACAUGGAUGCAAGCAGACAGACUGGGACAGUUCAGGAAAUUGGUUAAUAUUCGUUUGAAUCAUUGCAGAAAAAUCAAAAUCCUCUCCCUUGGCAAACUACCCGAACUCAGAGAGCUCCUUCUCAAAAAUAUGCUAGAGUUGGAGGAAUGGCAGGAAGAAGAGGAAGAGAUGUACCGAUCCAUCAAAAGACUAAGGAUAAGUUGUUGCCCCAAGCUGAAAAAAGUGCCCUUCUUGUUUCUUAACCUAAUUGAUCUGAAGAUCAAAAAGUGUGACUCACUGCAAGUCAUUCCUUGGGGCCCAAUAAAGUUUAUAACACUGGUUGACAAUCCUGAACUCAAGCAUUGGAACAGAGAAGGUCUUAAAAUAUCAAUAGUACCUUACACUGAUGAGAAUAGGAAUACUCGAAAAUAUAUUACAUUGACCUUGGACAUGAUCAAUGUGAAAAUUAUCAAUUGCCCCAAGCUGCAUGCGUUACCAAGUGGCCUCUAUCCGCAGAAAUUGGAAAUACGUGGGUGCAAGUCACUGAGCAACCUCCCAGAUGAUGACCACGCAGUACGGCUUGCGCUUUUAGCUUUGGAGGCAUGUCAUGAUGAUGAAACCAUCUUGAACCUCAUAGUCAGCAGGGUCCCCAGUAGCAGCUCUUUACUCUCCUUAGAGAUUUCAAACAUCUCGAAUCUCAUCUGCCUUCCCAAGUGGCCCCUUCUCCCCAAAGUCGAAACAUUGUUUAUCCAUGGUUGUAAAGAUCUUGAGCAUCUAUCCACCCCAGAAAAGAGGGUGUUUGAAGGCUUCACCUCGCUUAAAUCACUCUCCAUCCGAAACUGCCCUAUGCUUGUGACACUGCCAGUUGAAGGGCUCCCAACCUCUCUUCAGUAUUUCAGCAUUGGCUCAUGUGAAAGGCUCGAGUCAUUUGGCCCUUCUGUGGACACACUCAACAAUCUCACCUCCCUCACUGAUCUUUACAUUGAAGACUGCCCCGCAUUCCAGUCCUUGCCAGAGGGUGGGCUGCCAACCUCCCUCCAGCAUCUAUCCAUCCACGGAUGCCCCUCACUGACAAAAAGAUGUGAAAAGGAAGACGGUCCUGAUUGGCCAAAGAUCCAGGGUAUCUCUGAUCUGGAAAUCGAGACACCACCAUGAUCUUCAGCAGCUAGGCAUCGUCCUGGGAGCCCAGGACAUAAUUAAUUCAAAAGGAAAGACGGUUGUGGAAUGACCCCAAAAGCUUCUUGCAUUGCAAGACAGGGAAGUGAAGGUGGAUGGAAAGGCUCAAGAAAACGUUUUUAUGGUUUCCUGCAAUUGGUGAAUUCUCUAUUUCUGUCAUUUGAUAAUAAGCAGCCUUCCUAGAUGUGUAUAUGUUGGAAAGGGAUUGCCUGCAAGGUUUUUCUUUUUCUUUCUUUAAUGUGUAAUAAUAAGCAGCCUAGCUUCAAUUUGUUGGAAGGGAUAUUGGCUUGAAGUUUUUAUUUUUCUCGUUGUUUAAUGUGUAAUAAUAUAUAUAUAUAUAU